ACCUCCCCUUAAAAAAAAAAUGAAACCCCUCCACGUUGGAGCCGUAAGAUGACACGGACUCCGCAGUCACAAUGCUGUGACACUCUGAAGCGUGAGACAAAGUUUCUUGCUUAGAUUUCUUUUUUGGAGAGCUCUGGGAAAAAAUUACAUCCUUGUUAUCUGAAAAACUUUGUAUAUAGAUCAAAACUUUUAUAUAUAAAACAUAACAAAAACAUUGAAUGUUCGUUAAUAAGUGUUUGACGAGAUAGUGUCAUUCCUUUUAAAGAAAUCAGGAGUUCGCUGUUUUAUUUAAAUUUUUUUAAAAAUCGGAAUAAGAAAAAUGUCUAAUUUAGGCCACGCAGUAUACCUUUUGUUACUCACCUUGAGUUGGGGUGCUCAAGGUCAAAACUUGACACCGCGCGGUAUGCUCCAGGAGACAUCGGAGAAGAUGAGAGUCUCGGAGGACAACGUGCCCAAGAAGGAAGAAGAUAACAUCCGAAGCAUUUGGUCGACCACGAUCUCAAACUGCUCUUGUAUUCGAGAAAUGGCUGCGAUUAAAAGGGACUUAAAAGAGGAGAUCAACCAACGGCUGGCCCUGAGAGCCGUACUGGACACAUAUGUAGCUGAACUGUAUGAACUGAGGACUCUGUUCCUGUCCAACACAAGCAGACUGACACAAGCUCCCAAUUCACAAGCCUCUGCCUCCAAAGCCUCGGUCGCCUUCUCCGUCAAGCUCAGCUACAACCGAGAGUUAAAACCUUUGGACACUGUGGUGUUCGACACCGUUCUCACCAACAACGGAAACGCCUACGAUGCGGACUCCGGCAAAUUCACGGCACCCGUCUCGGGCACCUAUAUUCUCCACGCCACUAUACUCUCGGGCUAUAACACCAAGGUUGAGACAGCCAUCAUUGUGAACGACAAAGAAGUGGCCCGAAUCUACUCAGGGGCGCACGACGCCCACGGCAGCGGGAGCAACGCAGCCGUGGUCGACCUUCGCACCGGCGACUCUGUGUGGGUUCGCCUUUUGUACCAAGGAGGCAACCAUGUCCACGGCUACUACAGCACAUUUUCUGGGGCACUCAUCCGCCCCUCUGAAUAACUUCCUCUCAAAGAAGAGCUGAUCAGUGAUGUGAUUCAGAAUUGACAAAUAUUUAAUGCUAAAAGACUGUUCUCCGAAAGUGUUCAUAAAUCUGUGUUUUACAGAUUAGAGAUAAGCUGGUUACAGCUUUCUAUAUAUUGAAUAAAUCAUUUCAAAUACUA